GCCCCCCCCCCCACCCCCGCGCCCCCUCCUCGCUUCCGAUGUUCCUUCGCGGAGCUGACUUGAAGCGUCCUCCGCAGUCGGAAAGCGAAUCCCGGUUAUGAUCAACACCAUGGAAUGCGCCGUGGACGCGCAGAGCGUCAUCUCCAUUUCCCUGAUGAAGAUCCACAACUCGAGGACUCAGAGAGGCGGCAUCAAGCUGCACAAAAACCUGCUGGUGUCCUACGUGCUGAGGAACGCCCGGCAGCUGUACGUCAAGGAGAAGUACGCGGAGAUUUACCGGACGCAGCAGUACGAGGAGGCGAUGGCGGUCUGCGACCGGAUCCGGGAGCUGGACCCGCAGGGCGCCCGCGAGACGGCGAGCGCCGCUCCCGGGGACGCCGACGCCCGCAAAGAACCGGAGCGCUGCUACUGCGCGGAGGUCUCCGACGUGGCGCACUGGGAGCAGCUGACGGCCGACGGCAGCGCGUACUGCAGCAAAACCACCGUGCUGGACUUGGACACGCACGUCGUGACCACGGUGGAGAACGGCUACCUCCACCAGGACUGCCGCCGCUGCGACGCGCUCCGAGCCGGCCGGGGCAAGAAGCGCAAGGGGGACUUCGGCCGCUGCUCGUGCGACGUCGAGGACGCGUCGGAGCGCAAACGCGCAAAACGCGAAGAGUACGCGUACGCGCACGCGCACCCGGACUGCGCGGACACCUCCGACAUCUCCAACCUGAUCUCCAUCUUCGGCUCGGGCUUCACGGGGCUGCUGAGCAGGCAGGCGGACUUGGAGCAGAUCUGCAGCAAGCAGGCGCUGGCCAGCCUGGGAGCCUGGACCCGGGCCAUUGUGGCGUUCUGAAGCCCGGGGGAGAUCCACCUGUGACGCGUUUCCCACGCGCAGAAAGAAGCUCUCCUCGUGUAUAUACUUGGCAACAAAAACACACGCGGGCGCUUCUGCAAAUGUUCUGCAGAUGGAGACAUUGGAACCUUUUGGGAGCGUUCCCCACGGCGGGACGUCCGACGGGUCACCCGGCAGCAAAGCAGGAAUGUUCUCUGGAGCUUGACGGGAACCGCGCGAUCGUCACGUACUGAAUUGGCCGAGGCGCGUUGCGCGUUGCGCGUUGCGCGUUGCGCGUUGCGCGUUGCGCGUUGCGCGUUGCGCGUUGCGCGUUGCGCGUUGCGCGUUGCGCGUGUUGUUAGGACUCGCUGGCGCAGGACGCUCGCCGACCCGCAUCGAGACGCGCACGCUUGCUGAAAAACUGCUUCGCAACCGCAAGCAACAGGCGUGAGGUGGACAACCGCGAGGCACGUGCGCAGACAUUUCGGGGGGCGGGUGCUCCAGCCCAUGUGAUUCAAACAAUUAAGAACAAAACAGUCGUGGAAAGGACUCCUUCGACUUGACUCGAUUCGGUUGCGCGUGAUUCAAAUGCAUUCUUGGAAAAGAUUAUUGAAUCAUGUGCAAAUGCAAAUUCAGAACUUUUCUUUCCCCCCCUUUUUCAAGUGUACAUGUUUGAUGUAUGAUGUAUUUAUUGGACACGGGCAAUAAUCCAAACGAUAUUAACAGAGGAAGGAGGUGAAAGGGAGCUACAGCGGACAGACACACCCCCUGCCCAAACGGCGGGUUUUUCCGAUACACAAAAAUCAUUUGAAAACCUUUUCCCACCUGCCCAGGACGCAAAUAAAUGCCCGGCAGAUGAUCAAAACACUUUGGGUCUUUUGUUUUGACGAAUAAAGAAACAAAUGGGCUGCAGCAAAAAGGGCACUUUUUUCAUCCAGGGCAAAAAGGGCGGGCGCUCGGGCACCGCUCGGGCUCUUACGCGUGCACGUGCCCGACGACCCCCAUCGCUGACCACGCGCUCCGGAUAUUUGUAACCUCGGUGUCUCGAACGCAAGCGACGGAGGGAUGAAGAACGAUACCGCCAUACCGAACGACAUCACUCGCACUUUUCCGUUUGCCGCUCGUGGAGCUCCCCCCCCCCCCCCCCCCCCCCCCCCCCCACGAGGUCAGAGGGGGAAGGAAGUUAGUUUUGCAGGAAAGACAGAUAUUUAAACGCUGACGAACGUGUGAGCGCAGGAGUCACGUCCAGGACGCGCACGUGGACGAGCCUGACCGGUGGAUCGACGUCUGUUGCCUUAAACGCAAAUGCGCGCGAUUGCUUGCCAGCUAGCUGUCGUCAGAAAUUGCAAGUUCGACGAAAGUGACCGAACGUCCGCUGUUUUGUCUUCGGCUCACGCGCUUUUUUUCGUUGGUCUCCGAACAUCCUGAGCAGUUUCAUCACGUCGCGGAACAUCCCGCUCGGAAGUCGUCCCGAGGUCCUCGUCGACUGCGAUCCGGCUGCAAUCCCUCGGCGGAGUGCCCGCGAUCCAAUCCCGAUAGGAAACAGUUACACUGGGACUUUGACAUACAGUAUAUCUUGAUUAAGCGUGUUAUUUUAAACAUUCAAGGUCAUACACGAGCCCAAAAUGAGUCCGUCUACUUUGGUUUUGUACAACAAUAAUGUUCGUCCUUUUGUUUUAAAAAGGCCGAGUCAUUAUUUAGCCAUAACCUGAAAAUUCAUGCGUUAGCUUUAUGAGCACUAUGUGUACCAAAAUAAAGAGAGUAUUCUGCCAUUCUCGACAUAUUUUGUUGCUAUUCUUGUAUUUUUGUGCUUCAAAAUUGUAUAUUGCCGGGUAAAACUGU